AUGACAAACAUGUCCAGCAGGACGGUUGCUUUGGUUGCACUGGGCGCUUGCGUUUGGCUGGGUCAUUUUGCUUUCGUGCAAGUCGCGCCGGCGGAGCAUGCCACCGUCACUGGCACACGCAGCUUUCGACCGGCUGCCCCAGAGAGGCAGUCCAUAUCCAGCUCCGGUUUGCCAGCUGUUGCCGCAGCCACGGUCGGAGCAUGCCUCGUCAGCGCUGCGCUGCGAUCACGACGCACCAGCUCAAUGGCGCGCAAUUUGUUUUUCGGUGGAGGUCGAGAUCCGUCGCCGGAUGAUGUGACUACCAAGGUCUACUUCGACAUCACCAUUGGCAAUCAGCCCGCUGGACGCGUGGUCUUCGGGCUCUACGGAGGUAUUGUUCCAAAAACCGUGGAGAACUUCCGCAAGCUUUGCGAGAAUCCGCCUGGCGAAGGAUUCAAAGGUUGCCCCUUCCACCGCAUCAUCCCCGGCUUUAUGUGCCAGGGUGGUGACUUCACCAACUUCAAUGGCACUGGUGGCCGAAGCAUCUAUGGCAAUAAGUUUGAAGACGAGAACUUCGAGCUGAACCACACCAAGCCGGGACUGCUCAGCAUGGCUAAUGCUGGGCCCAACACCAACGGAUCGCAGUUCUUCAUCACAACGGCUCCUACUGACUGGCUGAACGGCAAGCAUGUCGUAUUCGGCGAAGUGUUGGAAGGAUAUGAUGUUAUCCAGCAGAUGGAGUCCGUCGGAUCUCAGUCGGGCAGGACAAGAACGCAAGUGGCAAUCUCUGAUGCGGGUGAGCUGUGA